AUGUCGGUGUCAUCUCGGAAAGGUAACGGUUAUGGACAGUCCGGUAACGGUUAUGGACAGUCCGGUAACGGUUAUGGACAGUCCGGUAACGGUUAUGGACAGUCCGGUAACGGUUAUGGACAGUCCGGUAACGGUUAUGGACAGUCCGGUAACGGUUAUGGACAGUCCGGUAACGGUUAUGGACAGUCCGGUAACGGUUAUGGACAGUCCGGUAACGGUUAUGGACAGUCCGGUAAUGUCCCGUCUCUCCACUGUGUGGGUCUCUGUCUCCAGGUAACGGUUAUGGACAGUCCGGUAAUGUCCCGUCUCUCCACUGUGUGGGUCAUAGUCCACAUCCAGGAUGAAAACGACAACAUCCCCUCGUUCACCGAGUCCGUCUACCGGAUCAGCUUACCGGAACGCGACCGGAACAAGCGCGGUGACCCCAUCUAUCGGGUGUUUGCGUCCGACCUCGACCUGGACACCAACGGCAACAUCACGUACAGUAUCGUCGGGGGUAACGAUGAUGAGAAGUUCAGCAUUGACCCGCUGACCGCAAUGGUGUCGUCACACAAGAUGGUCACGGCAGGAAGCUACGACAUCAUCACCAUCAAGGCUCUAGACGGUGGAAACUCUCUUCUUUGGUCUACAGUAAAGCUCCAUAUAGAGUGGGUUCGUAAACCUGUUCCCUCUCUGCUGCCCCUGGUGUUCUCCCAGCGCUACUACAACUUCUCCAUCUCUGAGGGCACAGCUGUAGGUCAGCCUGUAGGACUGGUGUCUGUACGAAAGACGGACACACCGCUCUGGUUUGACAUCAUAGGAGGGAGGGCAGCCAGGGAGGUAUUCUAUAUACCUAAAUACAUCUGUGGGAGGAACUGCUCAUCUGAAGCAGGUACAGUAUGA